AUGAAUGAUACUAACGAUGUUUAGAUAUUAACUGAUUAAAUAAAUGAUAGAGAGAAACUCAUUAUACAUUAUUUGAAUGAAGAUUUAAAGCUUGAAUAAUUAACAGAUCCACAAAAAAAAUAGAUAAAUUUUGAAGUCUCAAAAAAAAAAACAAUUUUCUCUCAAAAAACUUUAGAUUCUGAUAGUGAAAUCUCUGAAUUUAAUUCCAGUAGUACAAUAAAGAGUACUUAAUUGAAAAUGAAUAAGUCACCAUUAUUAAUAAGAAGACUCAGUACAAUUAUGUUGGAAUAGAUUUUUUGA